UGCCGCGUGCGCCCCGGCCAGGCGGAGGGACAGUCAGGCCUUCCCGCCCUGGCCCGGUGAUUGAUCAGCAGCGGUUACUGAGCCUCUUAAUGGUUCGCUUGGGUGGGAAUUAAUUCUGAGAUGGAUAAAUAAUGCACUGAGGUUUACAUAGUCCAAGGCAAGCCGUCGGUCCGGAGCCAGGAAAGGCAGCCGAGGGAGCCUUGCUGGUGACGCCAGCGGCCAUGGGGGCCCGAGCGGGGCAUGAGGGGCAACUGGGCCAGAGGAAGAGAAAAGAGAAGUGGAUGACAGCAUGAUCGGCCCAGCGAUUCCAUCCAGGAGGCGGCAGGAACAUGCUGAGCCCAAAGAUGAGGCAAGCCAGGAGGGCCCGCUCCAAAAGCCUGGUGAUGGGGGAGCAGAGCCGGAGCCCUGGGCAGCCACCCUGCCCCCGCAGGCUGGGCCCCGUCCUGAAGGCUGGCUGGCUGAAGAAGCAGAGGAGCAUCAUGAAGAACUGGCAGCAACGCUGGUUCGUGCUGCGUGGGGAUCAGCUCUUCUAUUACAAGGACAAAGAUGAGAGCAAGCCCCAGGGCUUUAUUUCUCUACAAGGGACCCAGGUGACUGAACUUCUUCCUGGCCCUGAGGACCCGGGAAAGCACCUCUUUGAGAUCAGCCCAGGUGGUGCCGGGGAGCGGGAGAAGGUGCCGGCCAACCCCGAGGCGCUCCUGCUCAUGGCCAGCUCCCAGCGGGACAUGGAGGACUGGGUGCAGGCCAUCCGCCGGGUCAUCUGGGCCCCGUUUGGCGGAGGGGUCUUUGGGCAGCGCCUGGAGGACACAGUCCACCACGAGCGGAAGUAUGGCCCGCGCCUGGCACCCCUGCUGGUGGAGCAGUGUGUGGACUUCAUCCGGGAGCGCGGGCUCACCGAGGAGGGCCUCUUCCGCAUGCCUGGCCAGGCCAACCUGGUGAGGGACCUGCAGGAUUCCUUCGACUGUGGGGAGAAGCCACUGUUUGACAGCACAACAGACGUGCACACGGUGGCCUCCCUGCUGAAGCUCUACCUGCGGGAGCUCCCCGAGCCUGUGGUCCCCUUCGCCAGGUAUGAGGACUUCCUUAGCUGCGCCCAGCUGCUCACCAAGGACGAGGGGGAGGGAACUCUGGAGUUGGCUAAACAAGUGAGCAGCCUUCCCCUGGUCAAUUACAACCUGCUCAGAUAUAUCUGCAAGUUUCUGGAUGAAGUUCAGUCCCACUCAGAUGUCAACAAGAUGAGCGUCCAGAACCUGGCAACUGUUUUUGGACCUAAUAUACUUCGGCCACAGAUAGAAGACCCAGUGACCAUCAUGGAAGGCACUUCUCUGGUGCAGCACCUGAUGACCGUCCUGAUCCGCAAACACAGCCAGCUCUUCACUUCGAGGACCACGGAAGGGCCAGCCUCCCCACGCGGGAGCCCACCAUGCACCGUGGGAUGGGGCUCUGAGGAGGUCACCAGGGACAGCCGGGCAGAGCCUGGCAGCCCCAGCGCCCCCGGCCUGCCCUCGCACAGGACCUCUUCUCUGGAUGGGGCUGCCGUGGCGGCAUUCUCUAGAACCUCUUCCACGGGCCUGGGUAGCCGAAGCAGCCCUGCUGCCACCAGCCCUGGGAAGAAGGUGCAGACUCUGCCCAACUGGAGGUCGUCCUUCCGGCAGUCAGGGUCCCGGUCGGGGAGCCCGAAGGUGGGCACCUCAUCCCUGGAGGUGCCCAUCAUCUCCUCUGGAGGGAACUGGCUCAUGAACGGGCUGUCCUCCCUGCGAGGCCACCGCCGGGCCUCAUCGGGAGACCGGUUCAAGGACUCAGGCUCCGAGCAGAGACUCUCCACCUACGACAACGUGCCCCUGCCCAGCCCCUUUCCCAGCACACCCAGCGUGGCCAGCAUGCCAUGGUCUGGGGCCUCCUCCUGCGAGGCCUCAGCCAGGGGCUCGGUCAGCAGCUGCACAGCGUGCAGGGCCAGUGACUCCUCUGCCUGCAGCUCCCUCCACACUGAGGGGGCCCUCGAGCCCUCCCCUGUCCCCAGCAGCAGCGAGGAGUGCAGAUCCCCAGACCUGGACCACGGCCUGGACAGGGUGGGCGCCUGCAUCAGCAGCAGCGAGCCCAGUGACCCAGGCAGCCCCACCCAGGACCUUGCCCACCGUACUGAGGCUCUCCAGGGCCUGGUCACGGAGCUCAGGGCAGAGCUGUGCCGGCAGAGGACUGAGUACGAGACGAGUGUGAAAAGACUCGAAGAAGGUAGUGCUGACCUGAGGAAACGAAUGUCACGGCUAGAAGAAGAACUAGACCAGGAAAAGAAAAAGUACACAAUGCUGGAAAUAAAGCUGAGGAACUCGGAGCGGGCACGGGAGGAUGCAGAGAAGAGGAACCAGCUGCUGCAGAAAGAGAUGGAGGAGUUUUUUUCAACCCUGGGAAGUCUGACUGCUGGGGCAACAGGCGCCAGAGCACCGAAGUAAAGGAGUGCGGGGAGCUCGCUGCUGCUGCUCAGCUUGCCCUCCCUAACCUCCUGCGGCCUCAGGAGGAACCAGAGCCUCUGCAGCUUGAACCUGGGCCUCAGUGGUGCCAGGAGAUCUGGUGCCAGCUGGAGAGAGCAGUCCUGACACCCCUUGUUGGGCGCCCGAGCCCCGCUCUGGAUCUGGAUGCUGCUCUGAGUAGGGUGUGGCAGGCGUCAGAGGGGACAGUCCCGUGGCUGCCCAAACAGGUGGCACCUGCGAUCUGAGUAGCUCACCGGGACCUUUUUGCAUUCUUUAUUAAACUUGCCCUGAAAGCA